AUGCGGCCCCUGCCUAGCUUCCUGCUCCUAUGCGCGAGCUAUGGCGUGACCGCUAUCGCGUAUGGCUUCCCCUCCGGGAAGCACGGCCUCGACUACUGCAUCGCCGAGGCCGACACCACCAGCGACAUGACAGCGUCGACCACCAUGGCACCUCCACCAUGGACAAGCCUUGCACCAUCUAUCCCGUCCGAGUCCGCCAUUUGUUUCGACGAUCCAAUUUUUGACUUCUUCCUCGCUAUUUGCAGACUUCAGACCAGUACAAGUGCACUCAUGGCCCAAUACGAUGGCGCUACAACUCAUGAGGCACGGGACCCUUGCUGCGACAACCCAGCCCCAUAG